UCGAAUUCCACUGAGAUAAAGUGGGACGAAGAGCCGAAAGAAGAAGAAUCGGAAUCAACUGAGAUAAAGUGGGACGACGAGCCGAAAGAAGAAUUAUCGGAUUCACUUGAGGUAAUUUGGGACGAAGACGAGGAAUUAACAAGGGAGGAGAACGAAGAGCUACGAUGGAUAUUGGGAGAUUUCAAUGAUCUUCAAAACAAAGAAGACGAAGGAUUAUUGACGAUUUUCAAGGAGAUUAAGAAAUCUAACAUUGCUAUUGAGAAGAUUGAGGUAUCACUAAAAGUGUCAAAUAUUUCCUCGAUGAUGUUUAAUGAAUUGUUUGACCAUAACAAACAAUACGUUAAAGAGUCAACGAUGGUGGAGACAUGUGAUGAAGUAGUCGAUCAAUUGAUUGAGAUUCGUGUUCUCAGCAUCCUACAUGAGAACAAAUUAUUUUUGAAGAAAUUGGAUGGCAUCAAGCAUAGAUGGAAGCGCAAAAAAGAGAGAGCUGCAAAUAUUCGAACCUUGAGGACAAGAUGACGAUAACCGACAAUGAGGACUUGUUGAUAGAGAUCCUCCUCUAUCUGCCGGCAAAAACCCUAAUCAGAUUCAAACUCGUUUCCAAGAAAUGGUUUUUCAUAAUCUCCGGCCGUCAUUUUUCUCGGCGGCACAGCCAGCACCGCCACCGUCUCUCCAAACUGGAAUCUUCCUUCCUCCUCCGCUGCCUUGGAGACUCGCCGGAGUACUUAUACCUCCAAAGCAAACUCCAACCUCAGAAAUCGGUGCGAUACCAUUUCUCUCCAUCUCUUAUUGAUCCAACUAUAUGGAGCUUUUCCAACGGCCUGUUUUUGCUCGUUAAUUCUUCUACCAUCGACGAACCAUUGGAAUAUUGCCAUAUUUACAAUCCCACAACCAAGCAGUCGAAAAAGAUUCCACUCAACACUCAUGAAAGAUUCACAUUCGUAAUCGGUCUCAACUUAGCAUUCGACCCUUUGAAAUCGCCUUAUUACCACAUUGUUUGUGUGAGAGCUACUCGAAAGAGAAGACCACCUAGUUUCUUGCGGGGCUGGUAUCGUUACUGUCAGAUUGAGGUGUACGAAUCAGGAACCGACACGUGGCAGCUUUGUGGAGAGCCGUUUUUGGUUCCACGAGAUGUUGAUUUCAAUCACGGGGUAUAUUGGGAAGGCGGGAUUCAUUGGGACGGAAUCUAUUUCGAUCUUCUAGAAAGUUCCAUUUGCAAACAUCCGGAACUUGUUGAACUUCCCGAAGAUGCUGGAAUAAAGAAUUUCCAAAACAACUAUGUAGAAUCGAACGGCUCUCUGCAUUAUAUGGCUCACUUCUCCGAAGAGAAUUUGGUGAUGGUGUUCGAACUGCAAAGCAACUGUUCUCAAUGGCUGUUGAAGUAUCGUAUUAAUCUUGAGAGAGGUUCUGAGCCGCUUUCCGUGCUGAGUUUUAUUCGGGGAGAGAGUGAAGUAGAUAGUAUGUUGGUGCUUUGUGAGCCGGGCAAAGUUAUUGGUUAUCAGAUUGGAGAGAAGAGUGUGAAAGAGCUUGUCGAUUUUACCGAGGAGCAAUUUUACAAGGCGCAAUGUGUUCAAUUCGGUUCUCAUAGCACUUUUCAAUUCAUUGAAACUCUAGCUCCUGUUUAAUUUAGUGUAUGUCUCUUCAUUAGUUCUCCGAUGCUUGUAAUAGAUGUAAUUGUUUGUUUUUGUUUUUUUUUGGCCUCUUGUAUGUAUGAUAUCAGUGUUGAUUGUU